AUGGGCUGUUGUGCAACGGCACAAAUGCCCGAAGAAGUACUACCAGGAGAUCCGCUUAGAGCCUCUAGUAUUUUCUACCUACAGACGGACUUCUGCAGGGAAGUGAAGUCGAUCGGGAAAACGCUGCAUUGUCCAAUCUAUGAAUUGGACGAGCCAUUGAUUCGGGCCAAAGGCGCCAAGCAAAUUUGUCCGAGGGACGGGCGUGAAGGGGCGGCCUUCGUGGAUACACUGAGCGGCAUCGACCAUGUCGGACGAGCUAGCCACAUGCUGUCCUACACUUGGGGCUACACAGUUGAUUGCAUUUCUGCUUCCUUGAGCGCUUGGUGUCACCAACAUGAGCACCAGCCUGCACGUACCUACGUGUGGACCUGCUUCAUGGGCAUCAACCAACACAGAGUCCAGGAGAGCCGAGCACUUGGGGUGAGCGUUCCUUUUGAUGACUUCGCCACUGAGUUUGGGAGCAGGAUUGCUCAAAUUGGUCAUGUGAUUGCUUUAAUGGAGCCGUGGCGCGCACCAAAAUACUGUCGCCGGGCCUGGUGUGUUUUUGAGCUUCAUACAGCGCUUGAGGCUGGAAAGUUGGACAUUGUCAUGCCUCCUGCAGAGGUCCUAGGAUUUGCCAAAGCUGUUUAUGAUGGAGUCGGCUUGCAGGAACAGUGGCGAACUUUGUCCGAGACGAAGCUGCAACAGGCAGAGGCCUCUGUGCCGUUAGACAGAGAUAACAUUUUCAGCAUGGUGGAGAGGGGUUGUGGCUUCACUCAGCUUAACAGCAACGUUGUGUUGCAGCUCCAAAAAUGGUUUGCUGAUGUGGCCUACAACCAUGUCAAAGACCGGAUGUCACAAAAGCCCUCAGCGGACAUCGUCCACGGAUGUUUGCGUGUGGCCGAACUUUUUCGAUCUUUGGGCAGACUGGACAGAGCCGACAGCUUGCUCGUGUCCGCUUUGGAGAUUCUUGGAAAAGUCGACCAUUUGCACACACCGUUGCACGCUUCUGUAUUGAGCUCCAUGGGCCAUGUCAAGCGUGAGCGGGGGGACUUGGAGGGUGCCUUAGCAUUGCUUUUGGAUGGCCACGCUAUCUUGCAGCGUGGCUCCUUGACAUGCGAGGAAGGUGCUUUGCUCCUGACCCGGCUGGGUCACGUAAAAUUGCAGCAGCAAGAUUUAGAAGCUGCAGAUUGCUAUUUUAGAGAGGCACUCCAAGCUCAUGAAUCCUGCCAAAGCUUGUGGAGUUUUGAUGGUGCGCAACUGCUGCAGUCCUUGGGGCAUGUCCAACGGGAGCGGAAAGACUUCAAGGGCGCCUUUUCAAGUUAUGGGCAGGCUCAAGAAGUUCUUCGUGGUUGCGAACUCCUUGAAUCACCUGCUGGAGCUGCAUUGGUCGCCAGCAUGGGGCAUUUGCAACGAGAGCAAGGCAAUCUGGAAGGAGCUAUGGGGAUGUAUGUAGAGUCGCGACGCCUUUUAGAAUCAACUGGGAGCCUACAGACAUCAAACGGUGCGGCGCUAUUGGUGAAUAUUGGGCAUGUACAGCGCUCUCUAGGUGAUCCAGAUGCAGCGUUGGUCACAUACAAAGAGGCCCGUGACUUGUUCAAGGCAUCUGCAUCUUGGGACAGUCCAGCGGGAGUAGAAUGUAGGCGCCUCAUUGGAAUGCUCUCCGCUUGA